GAUUAUGGAGAUUUACUCCGCUGCUCCUGAGGCUGCUGGGAGAGAUUUUCCUUUCUCCUCUUUGUUCGCACAGCUCCUGGGGUUCGGCUUUGGACUUGGCCCCACCUCUGCGGGAAUUUUCAAGAUGAAUUAUACCAAGUCCAGCCCAUUGGCAGAAUCAACUGCAAUAGGUUUUACACCUGAGUUAGAAACUAUCCUACCUGUGCCUUCCAAUGAGACCACUUGUGAAAACUGGAAAGAGAUACAUCAUCUAGUUUUUCAUGUAGCAAAUAUUUUUUUUGCAAUUGGGUUGGUUAUUCCAACUACUCUUCACCUUCAUAUGAUACUUCUUAGGGGGAUGUUAACUAUAGGAUGUACCCUUUACGUCGUCUGGGCCACUCUCUACCGAUGUGCCUUGGAUAUCAUGAUCUGGAACUCGGUGUUCCUGGGGAUCAACAUUUUGCAUCUUUCAUAUCUUUUGUACAAGAAAAGACCGGUAAAAAUCGAAAAGGAACUCAAAAGCAUCUACCAUCGAUUGUUUGAACCACUCCGUGUGUCUCCAGAUUUGUUCAAAAGAUUAACUGGACAGUUUUGCAUGAUCCAAACAUUGAAAAAGGGCGAGACCUAUGCUGCAGAGGAUAUAACCUCAGUUGACGACCGUCUGAGUAUUCUCCUGAAGGGAAGAAUGAAGGUCUCCUAUCGAGGACACUUUCUGCAUAAUAUUUACCCCUGUGCCUUUAUAGAUUCUCCUGAAUUUAGAUCAACCCAGAUGCACAAAGGUGAAAAAUUCCAGGUCACCAUUAUUGCAGAUGAUAACUGUAGAUUUUUAUGCUGGUCAAGAGAAAGAUUAACUUACUUUCUGGAAUCAGAGCCUUUCCUAUAUGAAAUAUUUAGGUAUCUUAUAGGAAAAGACAUUACAAAUAAGCUCUACUCAUUGAAUGAUCCCACCUUAAAUGAUAAAACGGUCCAGAAGUUGGACCACCAGCUCAGCCUUUGCACACAGCUGUCCAUGCUGGAAAUGAGGAACAGUAUAGUCAGCUCCAGUGAAGAUGAAGACGGCUUACACCAGUUUCUUCGGGGCACCUCCAGUGUUUCCUCUCUUCAUGUGUCACCCCUACACCAGCGAGCCUCUGCGAAGAUGAACCCAAUAGAGGAAGGGGCGGAAAACGAUGACGAGGUCUUUGAACCCGUGUCCUCGAAUACUCUUCAAGUUCGUCGCUGGCCUUGAUCCCAAGAGAGGAUUCACGUUACCAAGAGGGAAACUGUCUGGAAGAGAUCCUGAAAAAUACCAGCACUUUUUCACAGCUUUUCAAUUGUUCUGCUUUAAUAUUGAUACUCCCAGCCUGGGAGAGUCUGAGGGCAGGAAAGGGAGGGAGAUUCAAAACAUGGGAAGGUUAUCUUCUCUUUUUACUGGUCAGCUUUCUGUUCCACUGAGCCUUCUGACUAAACUGAGUGCUAUUUUUGAGAGAUAUAUUUUCACAGUGUUUUCUAGAUAUGUUAUCAUUUAACUUAAAAAAAUCUUAGCGCUUUGUCAUUGCAAAUGCCUUCACUUAUCUUUCCGAGCUGUUCCUUUUCGUCAGAGACAGUUUUUUCUCUGCCGUGGCAAUGGGGCUGUCCGUUUGAUGGUUGUAACAAACAAUGUAAGUUCGAAAUUGAGGGUGAGGUAACAUUAAAAAGCAGGGAAUCUCAGGCUUCGCUCAGUUGAUUUUUUGGCCGGAAAAUUUUAAAGCAAGGUGUGAUGCGAUUCACGUAUAUUUUUCUCUCAGGCCAGACACGUCAUUCUACUAGACUGCCUUCCUUUUGUGGGCCUUGUGUGGAUAGCUUGAUAAUGAACAAAGCUCGUCAGACUUUGCUCACGUUACCCUUAUAUUAUGCUGUUUGGAAGUUGGGCUGAGCCCUAAAGCUGGAAAUGUUAACAGUGGAAGAGGUUCUGAGCCUGGGGUCGGCCUUUGGCUAAACCAGCCCAGCUUGCCCCACACUCUGCUGUGGGAAGCACUUCCUUGGGGUGGGAGGACCGGAGAGUCAAGUGGCCAAACAAGUGUCGCAGAAUGACGAGGCUGACGGAGCCGCUGCACUCUUCAUCUGCUAUUCCGACAUGCAGAUGGUUCCUCCAGGUCCACAGAUGUCUCCUUACUGUGUGUGCCAGGGACCAGGUACCAGAGAUGCAAACAAGGACACAGCUGUGUGCGGGCAGACGGUCCACCACAAGCUCUGCCAUGAUCGCCCGGCCUAGAUAGUGCUGUGAGGGCCUGCAUUCCAGACAUGGUGGUAUUUGGGAAAUUCGAAGUCUGCUUAAAUCAUCCAGCGGGUCAGUGUGACUGUGGCCCUCCACCGGGCCACCUAGUUGGGGGAAGCCCCCUGAUGGGCUGUGCUCCAUCAUGCCCCACUACCUUUAUUUUGUGUCACCCACUGGAACCAACUCUGAGUCAGUCCCAUUACGUUAAACAGCUAAGAAAAGUUCCAAGUGAAAUUAGUUUCAGGUGAGCUGAGCCAAAAGCAUCUUUUGCCAAGAGGUGAUUUCUGUGAGAGGAGAUAUAAAAAUAAGCUACUCCAGGGUCACCUCAUUUUCCUAAACUCAUUUUUGAAAGCCAGUUAUUUUAGUAAUUUCACUUGAGUCAAAUUUACAUGCUUGGUCAC